CCUAUGUUUCGCCCUCAGAAAUACUAUGUCGAGCCUGAAAAAUCUGUUGAACCCAGAAGAUGACUCCACAAGCUUGUAUCACUCAACAACCAAACAACCUAUUUCCACAAGCUCCUCUCCCGCCUCGGACGGCAGCGCCAACGCAACAGUAGAAUCUCCUCAAUACGAUCCACCAUACAAAGAGCAUGCUCCUCAUCCCAAUUGUCCCGACACUUUGGCCUGUCUUCCAGAUACGGAUGGGCGACCACAGCAUACUCUUCCAGUGAUCUUGCGAUGUGCAAUUCUUGGCAGUGCACGUAGACGUCUCACUAUUCGCGAGAUAUAUGCUGCCAUGGAGGAAAAAUAUUUGUAUUUUAGGACUGCAGGGCCAACAUGGAAGCAAUCUGUCCGCCAUCACCUGUCUUUGAAUAGAUUAUUUGAAAAACAGCCUCGUCCUGUUACAGACCCUGGUUUCGGUUCUUACUGGACAGUAAAUCUUUCUGCUCCCCCGGGCACCAAGCGGCCGCGGAAGCGGGGAAGACCUACAAAGGCUGCCGAAGACCCAUCUAACUCCACUCAGCAGAAGAAACGGGGACGACCUCGAAAAUCUAUUGAUCUGCUAUCUCCCCUUAACUCACUGGCUGUGGGCUCGGGACGCUCGAUCCCGCCGUGCAACAUUUCCGCCGUACGCACCGGGGGACCUAACCAUGAUGACGGAAAUGUCGAGGAUGAUAUGGAUCUAGGUGCAGACGUACAUGAGAUGAGUGAGGAUGAAUACGAGAGCGAGGAAGAUAUGGUUGUUCCCCCUCAUCAAUCAUCCUUUGCAGGACUUGGGGCUUUUGGACUAAACGAGGCCCCUUCUCGUUUACUAAGUCCCUCGACAUCCCGUGCGCUUAUCACACACUCCGAUGAGAAUCUCGUGGACCGAUUGCAGAUUGAAAUGGCGGGAUUACGCAGGCAGUCUGCGGAUGCGAUAUCUGUUUCGGCAAAGAUAUCAGAUCAGCUAGCGGAAGCUCAGGCUGAGGCAGCUAGAGCGAAGACUGCUCUUAGAACGGUCGAGGCGAUGCUGGAGGAGGAGGUUAUAAAGAGGAGGGAAGCUGAAUACUUAGCAAACCAGGAGGCUAAGUUGAGGCGCGUAGCAGAGGACACAAUUGCACGCAUGCAAAGUCAGUGGCAGGUUGACCAUCGAGCUACAUAAAUAGCACAUUUCAGCGACUUUGAACCCGAACUCCUCGUCUGCUCAUCCUUCGUGGAGGUUCCUUCUCCAAUAACUAGUUUUCAGCUACUCACUGGGACUCGACAAUGGACUCAACAUAUUCAUAUUCUACGAAAUUUCUCUAUUUUCCCAAUUCAUUGGUGCACACGAGUACUCCAUAGGAAUGUUCGAACAUGUAGUAUAUUGCGGGGGAAUGAUGACGAGUAGUUCAAAAAGGAAAUUAGAGGAUACAAAACCAAAUAGACUUGACAGAGACGGUGAUUUUUGUAUAUGCCUCGA